AAAAACAAUCUCAUUCUCACAACUAUUACCAUCAGAUCUGUAAGCAACGCAGAUAAGACGGAAUCCACCACCUGGUCCUUGACGACAAUCCUGCUUGCGAAGUGACCAUCUCUGGCAUCCAGUAUCUGCUGUGUUCCAACCGUGAUUACUGCGGCACGAGGUGAAACUGUGCAACCUUCUCAUCCUGACACCAUCCUCGAGCCAUGAGCAGCAUACGAAGAGGGGAGGAGUUGGGCACUCCAAAGACAGGCUCCGACCCCCACUCGGUGGAAGACACUGUCCACGCUCUGGACGAGCCUAGCGCCCCCCAAACAGACCCUCAAGUUGAGGAAGUCAUCGAGAUAUCCGACGAUGAAAUCGAAGUCACCGACGUACGACCCACUGGCGACGCCACACGGAGACGAAGAAGUCCUCGGAGGGUGGUCCACAUCGACGAAGACGACGAUGAUGACCUCCAGAUCACAGGGUCCAACCCCAGCCCAGCUCCCUUGGCAAGUCUGUUACCCCCCCAACAGUCCCAUCACCAAGACUACGACGACGACGACUUUGACGGGGAAAUCGAGAUAAUCAACGAGCGUCCCAUAGCACGUCCGCCAGGCCCCGCUCCAUACAACGGCUCGCGAAGACCGGUAUUGCCCCUGUUCAACCGCAUCAACUCCAUGGUCCAUUCCCAAUUUGGCCAGUCUGAAGGUCUCAGCAGGUCCCGAAACGGGUUCAGAUCCCGGGUAUGGGUACCAUUCUCUGCCACGGGGAGAAACGCCCGUGGCAGGCGAGUCAGCAGCAUCACCGAAAACCAUUUGGCAGAGUAUAUCCACAGCAUGUUGCAAAGGCAACAAGACCACCCGCAUUUCGAUGACUAUGGCUUGGGAGACCCCGAUGCCAUUGAAAGCUCGAUCAUGAACCGUAUCGAAAGGGAAAAUGAAUCGGCCAUGGACCAACGUUUGGCAAACGAAAACAUGUUCAAUAGAAAGGUCUUGCAAGAAAAGAAAGAACAAGCCCUGAAUGAAAAGCACGGGUACACAAACAACAUCUCUCCACAACUCACUAUUGGGUGUGAACUCUGUGGUGUUGUAUUGGGAGAAGGUAUCCCCUCGGAUUUUAAACCCGACUCAAGAUACAAUGAGAACUUCGAGAAGUACAUCAAAGAAUAUCGGGUGCAAGCCCCCUGGUUCUGUGCAUUACAAUGCACCUCCGCUGAUAUUGACCUCUCAAAAAGGAUUUUUGCAUCUAAGUGUGGACACGUAUUUUGCGGCAGAUGUGUUAAGAAUAUAGCUAACAGACCCAGAAGGACUAAGAAUACACCCUUGGUUUAUUCCAUAACUAAUCCUUCCUUGGUGUCGCCCCCAAAAUGCCCGGGGCCAGACUGCAACAAAAAGUUCACAGCAAAAAACUUUUUGGAAUUGUACUAUUAGGUUUCACUUCUUCAGAUUUUGGUUUAGUUUUGGGAUUGUUGGUUUGAUCGGUUUAUUCGAAUUGGCUAUUAACGGAG